ACAUACCUGACUGCGCUGCAUUUAGUGAAAAAAAUUUUGAUAUCGCAGAACGGGUAUAGGCUAUCAAAUAGCUUUGCGAACAAUGGAAAAUGCCGAUGUGGGCGGUGCCAUUAUUGGCACUAUAAAGCGGCGAAUUUCGCGUGCGGAGGAGAGCCCCGCGGGUGAAGAUGCGGCUUUGGUAAUGCAGAUGAAGCAACGAAAAAUUGAACAAGCGGAAUCGCCGCUGCAGCACCACGGCUGUAAUCUGCUUACUUUUUGCGAUGAGCUGCUCUACGAGAUAUUCAAAUAUCUGGAUUCCUGGUCCAUAUUGGCGGUGAUGAAUUGCUCACCACGAUUUGAGAGUCUUCUUUUGGAUCAUCGUUUCUGGCAUAACAUUGACCUUAGCAACAGUCCUUUGCCAUUGGGAAUUCUGGAGGACAUACUUGGCCGCGCAACGGAGAAGACGCACACAAUAAAAAUUUGCGGUCCACCCUCGGCACAGCACGUAGCAGGCGAAUUCAAACAGUUUACCUGCACGCUAACCAGCGUCUUUCCAAAGGUGGCCACACAGCUACAGGUACUGGAGCUACAAGGCGUUAGUUUAGACUUUGAAUAUAUUCAUAUUGCGGAGUUUCCGUCCUCGCUGACACGUUUGGUGCUAAAGGAUUGCAGCGUUAAAGUUGGCGAUCAUACCCAGAGCAUUUUCAAUAUGAUAGAAAGACAAUUGUUGGUCUUGGAGGAUCUCAGCAUUGAGGACAACAAUUGGUUUGAGCCUUACUACAUAAUGGCCCUUUCGAAGUUGCCUUCCCUCCGUCGCUUGAGCCUCAAGGGUUGCCAAAUGAUGUGUAAAUUUGUUCCUUAUGGUAGCAUGGCAGCUCGUUUUGGCUUUCAAAAGUUGGAGGUUCUGGACUUGCGUUUAACGCCAAUCAACAAUUCGGAUCUGCAAUGUUUUAGCGCUGUUGAAAGUUUGUGCGAACUGUUGCUAGAGUCGCCACCCAAUUUGAAAAUAGAAGUAGCUCAGGUUGAGAAAACUAGUAAUGGCAGCUUAGUUGAGGACAAGAAACUGACAACACCGCAACCUAAACCCCCACAAUUAAAUGAUGAUGAGCCUUCCACAUCACGUGCAGCUAUGGAGCAUUUACGUGCCUGUGCACAUGCCAAAAGUAAUGAUGUGUCUACCAGCGACCCAUCUACAGAUGCUAAAAUUAUAGAAACCAAUACAUUUAAUUCUGACAAUUGCAAUGAAAGAAAGAGAGCAUGUGAUCGGGAUGCGCGUCCUAAUUUCCCAUUGGCGGCAAAGCGCAGCAAAAGUUGCCCAUCAGAUGAUGACUAUGAUGAUAUGGAUGAUGAUGACUCUACCGAUGAGUCUGAUACUCAAUCAGCAAAUAGCCAUAAUGAACACAAUGGCGCACCCGCCGUUCCCGAUGCUAAUGCUGAUCCCAAUGCACCUGCUCCAUCUUCACCUCUGGUAGUCAUAGCACUGCCGACAGUUUCAGACGAUCGUGCGCUCCGUCCGGAAUUUCCGCCAGGUCCUGGAGCCGUUCCAAGAGGGGUAGCAGCCAAUGAAGCUCCUGCCAAUCCAAAUCGCACGCCUCGAGCAUAUAUCUAUGUGCCCGAGGGUGGCGAAGAACCAGGGGAGGGCGCACGACCAGAACCCAACAUGGUGUCUCUACUGGAGCAAAUGGCUCUUCACAUGCGGACUGCCGUACAACACUGGCGCGGAAAUAACCCUUCCCGUAGUCGUUUUUUACAACGUCAGGAUCAAGUUAUAUACAUGAAUCCACAGGCCAUAAGAGAGCCAUUGCUUGUCAUGCACUCACGGCGCCAUAAUCGGGCUCCACCUCGCGGCAACCUCGACCAGGUGGUGCAGCAUCCAAUGUUCUGGAAUAUGCUUGAUCCGUUAGAUCGUGAGUAUACGCGUCGUAUGCGGAGCAGCCCUUUGUCCAAUCGUGUCUCACAGUACUGCGUGUCGGAUCGCGCCAUUUAUAGCUUUGGUCGGGCAACAAACCCAGUUCAGCCCGAUGUUAUUUGGAUACGAAAUAUAAACCGUUCACCUAACAAUCGUCUGCAGCGCAUUUUGUUGCGGAACUAUCAGCACAUCACAAACCAUUCGCUCGAGCAUUUAGUGCAGUGCUCUCCAUAUUUAAGUUACAUCGACGUAAGCGGUACGAGCGUCACAAUGACGGGUGUUCGAAACUUUAAAAAACUCAAGCCUGAAUGCGUAGUGGUGGCGGAGCAUUUAAGUUUAAGCGAGGAGCAAGAGGAGGAAGAAAAUAUUACUAUUAACCAUGAACCCACCGGCCCGACGCUUAACGAUGGGGCUGCGAACGGUGCGCAAGCCUCCCCAUCACCGCCGCCGAUACAACCUCAAUUGGAGCAACCAUAGACCACUUUUGAUAUGUAUUCCCAAUUUCUGUUGAAAGCCUCGAAUUUGUUACUAUUGACGCAAACAAAAAAUCGUUCUUUCACUCAUACCAUUCAAAGGCAUAAGUUUAUAUACAUUUUGUAAUUUUUAAUAGUUAAUGCAAUUGACUACUACUUACUUAAAGUUAAAAUUUUUUAAUUAGUACAACAUUUAAGCUUCAUUUAAAUGUAAAAUGUGUGUGCUUGCUGUUCCUUCUCAAAUUAAAUGCAGUCCCGCAAUUUAUUGAGUAUUAUUUGGCCAUUCUGUCUUUUAGUAUAGUAUUACAUCAUUCUAAAUUUGUACAAUAUUAUGAGUGUACGAUUUGUAUAAAAAAUAAUCUAGUUAAGUAUUAUAAUAAAACAUCUGUGGAAUUGAAAAAUA